GAUCAAACACGUAGAAUCUCAGAGAGAAGAAAACCUUAGAAAGUUUCCUAAGUCAACAGUUAUACCAAGUCUCGUGGAAGAAUUCGCGCAAACUAAUCCUGCCCUAAUGCAAACCGAAGCUUCAA